UCUCCCAGCCGUUCACCUCUCCUCUCCUCUGCCCCCACCAACGCUCCGCUUCAUCUUUCACUGUGGAGCUAAAUUUCCCAACCUGCCGUCCCUGGAAACCCCACAGAUGUCCGGAGCCUGGCGCUGAAGCGGGCGCUCGCCAGUAGCCCAGAUGCAUCUGCGACUCUUUGCCUUUGGGAUGACCUUGCUUUGUGAGGUGAUCAGGAUGGGGUCGGGCGUCACGCAGAAGCGAAGCGCUCACAGAGAGACGUCAGAAGACUGUCAGAGUUGUCUGGAGUGUUCGCGGGACAACGGCUGUGUACGCUGCCCAGAGCGGCUCUUCCUGUUUCUCCAGAGGAAAGGGAUGUCUCAUCAUGGGACGUGUCUCCAUUCCUGUCCAACCGGACACUUUGGGCAAAGAGGGAGGGAUGUGAACCGCUGCAUGAAAUGCCGCUCGCUGGACUGCGAGCUUUGUUUCAGUCGGGACUUCUGCACCAAGUGUAAGCCUGGCUUCAAGCUGCACAAAGGCAAGUGUUUGAUCCACUGCCCAGAGGGAACCUUCGCUCAUCAGACAGACUGCCUCGAGGUCUGUCCCCUGCCUCCGCUGGGAGAGUGGAGCGAGUGGAGCGUCUGCGUCCGUGACGGCGCCACCUGUGGUUUCAGAUGGGGAAAGCAGACCCGGGUCCGGGAGAGCAGCCAGAGCGGGAAAGCGACUGAAAAAGCGUCGGUCUGUCCGCCCCAACGUGAAACACAAAGGUGCAGGAUGAAGAAAAAAUGUCCCAUAGAGAAAAGACGGAAUAAAAAAGGAGGACUUGGCAGAAAGAGGGAGAGGAAACGACAGCGAUUCCUCGCCAGCCUCUCGGCUAACGCAACAACAGACUCCACCGGCGGCUGAACCGGAUCCAGCACCAUGUUGGCCCGCCGAACCAGAACCAGAACCACAGAGGACAAAAGCAGCCUGAGCCGACUGCUCAGUUUAUCCCCAUGAUGUGAGAAUAAAAUGUGUUUUCCAAACAUUAAAUCAAAGUAGGAGCUGCA